AUGAGAUACGUCGCAGCGCUCGAUGUUGGUACUACUACAAUACAGUUUCACAUCCUGAAUGAGAAGGCAGUCACAGUAGCUUCUUCGACGGAGAAGGUAAAUCUGAUAUAUCCAGAGCCUAGUUUUGUGGAGAUAGAUCCCAAUCAUCUAUGGCAGACCAUAAUAAAAGUAAUCAAGGAUACGUUAGACCAUAGCGGAAUCAAUCCGAAGAAUAUUGCUUGUAUUGGAAUUUCAUCGCAACGCGCCAGUUUUAUUACUUGGAAUUUGAAAACUGGAAAAUACUAUCACAGGUUUAUAACAUGGAAAGAUCAACGAGCGGCCACUUUAGUCAAGGAAUGGAACCAAUCAAUAGUGAUGAGAGGUUUAAGAAUGGGCGCGAGUAUCUUGUAUACAUUUACAAGAAGAAAACGAUUUUUAGCUGGCAGCGUGCUAAAAUUUAUGAAUAUGCAGGUGACUUUAAAAUUAGUAUGGGCUCUUCAGAAUGUACCAGGUCUCCGAGAAGCUGUGCAGAAUGAAGAGGUGGCAUUUGGAGGUGUAGAUUGUUGGCUCUUAUAUAAGUUAACAGGAAAGCAUAUAAUGGAUGUUUCAAGUGCCUCAGCUACUGGCAUUUUUGAUCCGUUUACAAUGGAAUGGGCUAAUUGGGCGUUAAAUAUUUUAAAAUUGCCACAAAGUAUUUUUCCAGAAGUGGUUGAUACAGCAGGUUAUUUUGGAGUUACUCCUAAAGACAUAUUCGGAGCUGAAAUUCCAAUUUAUUGCUCAAUGGCCGAUCAAGCAGCAUCUUUAUUUGGUUCAGGAUGUUUUAAGCCUGGCGAUCUCAAAAUUACUAUGGGGACAGGCACUUUCAUGAACGUUAACACAGGACGAGAACCACACGCAUCCAUUGCUGGACUUUAUCCAAUUGUCGGAUGGCGAAUUGGAAAAGAAUUAGUAUACGUUGUAGAAGGAUCUUCAAGCGACACCGGUGUAGUAAUUGAGUGGGCUAAAUCAAUAGGAAUUAUAAACAAUAUUUCGGAAACAUCCGAUGCGGCAAACUCGGUUAAUGACACCGAUGGAGUUUAUUUCGUUCCGGCAUUUAGCGGAUUACAAGCUCCCAUAAAUGAUUAUACAGCUGCAACUGGUUUCUUCGGUUUGAAGCCCACUACAAAAAAAGAACAUAUUAUUCGAUCUCUAUUGGAGAGUCUUGUUUUCAGGAUACAACUACUUCAUGAAUGCUUAUGCAAGGAAACUGUUUUUACGUUUCAAAAAAUAAAAGUCGACGGUGGAGUUACAAAGAAUGAUUUUGUUAUGCAAUCGUUAGCUGACUCAACAGGGUUGGAAGUGGAGCGUCCGGUAUCUGUCGAAAUGUCCAUUUUAGGAGUAGCUUUUCUGGCUGGUUUACAAUGUGGAAUUUGGAAGAGCAGAGAAGAACUGUUGGAACUCCGUCAAACGGACAAAAUAUUCAAACCAAACGAAGAAUCGCGAUUAUCUCAUCAAUAUGAGCUGCGUCAAUGGAAACGCGCAGUGGAGCGAUUUAAAAAUUGGUACUGAUACACUGUUAAAUCUGUAAUUAAAUUUAACCUAAAGUGAGUGAUUAUAUCGUUAUUUUAUACUAAAACAAUGGUUAUAUUUGACAUUAUAUAGUGCCAAUUUGGCACUAUAAUGUCAAAUUGACACGAUAUGGUAUAAGAUACUAUAGAUUUAAUACAAAACACAACACA